UCCAAGCACAAGGGUAGAAACCAUCCUGGACCAGGCAGGUCAUCCCCAUACAUAACUAACUCCUGAAGCUUCAACUAAGGAGUUGAGAUCGCUUUUUUCUGCACACCAAAACAGUAGGCAAGGAAAAAUCGUAUCAGAAAAUCACAAUGUUAUCACAUUCUGCCCUGGUCAAAGAGAGGAAACAAGCAGCAUCAGCCAUUAUGGAUGAAAUACACAGAAAUGUUUCGCCCAGCUUAGACCUUGGGAAAAAAGUCAGCACCCCCAGAGACAUCAUGGUAGAGGAACUGUCAACACUCAGCAACAGGGGAGCAAGACUCUUCAAGAGACGUCAGCGGAGAUCUGACAAAUACACAUAUGAAAAUUCUCAUUAUAUAGCAAACAAGCCAAGAAUUCGUGGAGAAACCAUGCAGAGUGUUAAAAUGGAUGGCCUCAGCGUGGACGGAAUUCCCCAGCAUGCCCCAAUGACACCUCCUAAUACACCUGAUCCCCGGAGCCCACCACACCCUGACAACAUUGCCCCAGGAUAUUCUGGACCACUGAAGGAAAUUCCUCCUGAAAAGUUCAACACUACUUCCGUGCCAAAGUAUUAUCAGUCUCCCUGGAUAGAAGCCAUUAGGGAUGACCCAGAGCUACUGGAAGCUUUAUAUCCUAAACUUUUUAAACCUGAAGCAAAGCCAGAACUGCCUGACUACAGGAGCUUUAACAGAGUUGCCACUCCCUUUGGUGGUUUUGAGAAAGCAUCAAAGCUGGUUAAAUUCAAGGUACCAGACUUUAAUCUACUGAUGCUAAAUGAUCCCAGAUUCAUGAUCCUUGCAAACCCUCUUGCUACCAGAAGAUCCUUCAAUAGGACUCCUAAAGGAUGGACAUCAGAGAAUAUUCCUGUAGUGUUCAUUCAGCCUUCAGAUUCCGUUCAGCCCUCAGAUUCCAACAAUGUUCCAGAAACAGAGGAUCUGUGAGAGAAGCUGCACUCUGCAUCAUACAAAAUACUGAAUGCUGCACAUCCAUGUAUUUUUGGUCCAAAUAUUACUAAAGGCUACUGACAAUGCUUUUCCUUGGCAGCUGGGGUACAAAUAAUAAUGCCUGAUGCAGUGUCUCUUUUCUGGCACACAGUUUCACCUGUAAACACACUAUAAAUAAAGCAAU